AUGUUCAGAUUUAUGUCAACGAGCCCGAUAAAACAAAUUCCCAAACGCUCACUUAUUCUAUUGCUAGAAAAACAGAAAUACCGAAAACGCAAGCAAACUGGACCUUUCUUUAGCUUUUUGUCCUUUCCCAUCCUUCCUCGCCGCCGAUUUUUCCUUUUAUCCUUGCUCUGCACGACUCUUUCUCAUUGUAUCUUUUUUUCUUGCUCUUCAUAUUUUCUCAUUGCCCUUCCGUUCAACCUUUUCCUCUAUUUACUUUUAAUCUAUUUCUAUUUCUCAUGCUGUCUAACUUUCCCUUUCCUUACGUUCUUCCACUUUGCCAUUUCAUAUUUUUGCUCUCCAAAUCAUUUCUCUUUCAUUGUUCGCCAUCAUUUCCUCUCCAUUUAUUUUCGUGUCCUACUUACUCUCCAACAAUUCUUUCCUCUCCUCCUUGAUCUCCAUUUAUUUUUGCCUCUCCUCCUUGCUCUCCACAAAUUUUACAUAUCCUCCUUUCUCUCCAUAUAUUCUUUCUACUUAUCCUUGCUCUCCAUCUAUUUUUUUCCUCUCCACAUAUUUUGCUUCUCCUCCUUGCUCUCCAUAUAUUCUUUCCUCUCAUCCUUGCUUUGCAUUUAUUUUCUUCUUCUUGCUCUCCACAAAUUUUGCUUCUCCUCCUUGCUCUCUAUAUAUUAUAUCCACACAUACCUGCUCUGCAUCUAUUUUUGCCUCUCUUCCUUGCUCUCCAUAAAUUUUGCCUUUCCUCCUUGCUCUUCACAAAUUUUGCCUCUAUUCCUUGCUCUCCAUAUAUUGUUACCACUCAUCCUUGCUCUCCAUUUAUUUUGUCUCUCCACAAAUUUUGCUCCUCCUCCUUGCUCUCCAUAUAUUAUUUCCUCUCAUCCUUGA